AUGCAGUCCCUCUCGCCCAGGCCCGACCAAUCCCUCCUCAAUCGCUCGGGCAGCCCGUCGCUCAGCGUCAACUACCUCCCCGCCAAGUUCUCUCCCCUCACCAACGUCCGCAGGCGGAACAAGGGCGGCGAUGUCGACCUCCCCAAGCGAGGCGGCGGCCGUGAGGCCUUCCGUGCCGGCGAGGCGCGCAUGCCCGCCGCCGGCGACGAGGAUUACGACGGCGUCCAGGGCGGCUUCUUCGGUGGUAAUAAGGAGGGCGGGCGCACCAAACAACGCCUGCGGUGGACCAAGUUCAAGUGGAUCCUGUUCGUUGCCAACACCUUCCUCUCCAUCUACUCCCUGACCGGUCUCAUCUUCUGCCUCCUAACCUGGUUCAAUGUCUGGCACCACGCCGACGUCCUCCGCGUCGGCAAUCGGCCCGAGCUCAUCCUCUCCACCCUCGCCGCCUCCGCCGGCAUCGUCACCUCCCUCAUCGGCUGGGCCGGCAUCCUGCUCAACAACCGCGGUUUCCUCGCCGUCUACACCUUCUUCCUCUGGAUCUGCUUCGCCUUGCUCGUCGUGCCCGGCUACCUCACCUACAAGCGCCGCACCUUCAACCUCGAGGGCAAGGUCAACGCCGAGUGGUCCCGCGACCUUGGCACCGACGGCCGGCUUCGGAUCCAGAACCAGCUCGCCUGCUGCGGUUACUUCUCGCCCUUCGUCGAGGCGUCCAUUAGCGCGACGUGCUACGCGCGCAGCGUGUUGCCCGGGUGCAAGGGCCCCUACAUCCGCUUCCAGCGCCUCGUCCUCGAGCGGUGGUACAUCGCCGCCUUCUCCCUCGUCCCGCUCCACGUCGCCAUCAUCAUGGCCGGCCUGCUCUGCUCCAACCACGUCACCUACCGCUUCGGCAAGGGCAUGAUGCCCAAGGCGUACAGGUUGAGCUUGAACUCGAUGGCCGUCAUCAUGGACAACUACGCCAACCAACUCGCGGAGCAGUACGGCACUGACGUCGCUUCGGAGGUGCUCUCCCGCUCGCGAUCGAACCUCAACCUGCCCCAGGUGCCGUACGCGUCGAGCAACGCGGCCACCGACGGCAGCAAAUACGAUCUACGCGGAUGA